ACCUUACUCGGGUUUCAGACAGACACAUUUUCUGACUCACCGGGCUGCAUCUGGGCAUAUCACCCUCGAGCACCACAAAUGCCAGGUCUAUCCAGGACACCGAGACUGUUCCUGAUCCUCCUGGUGAUUAUCAUCGUCCCCACGCUGUACCUCUUACAUCCAUCCACUUCACCAACACCAUUAUCAUCGUGGACGAAGACGACGACGCCGACGACGACGGGGGGAGAUGCGAUUCACCAUGUGGAGAUAGAAUCGGGUGGAAUAGAUUCAGAUCACUGGCGGGAUCCGAUCAGACCACAGACAGGGAAUGGGCUGGCCAAUGAGGAGGAUACGAGGGGAGCGGAUGAUGAGGAAGACGAGCUCGUAUUGAUGGGGACCCAUUCGUCGGAUCGUCCCAAGCAGCAAGAGGAGGACUUGUACGACAUGACAGCUUUCACCUCACCUUCCGCACCCAUUCUCGGCACACAUGGCGGAGUGAUCAUGCCCAAGAUGGAGAAUGCGACGGCCAAAGCUGAACUUGGUCGAUCAGCUUGGAAAGUUUUACAUCUCAUGACUUUGAGGUAUCCUGAUACUCCAACGCAAGACGACAGGGAUGCUCUCAAAUCCUACUUUCACCUCUUUGCCCGGUUAUAUCCCUGUGGUGAAUGCGCAGAGGAGUUUCAAGCAUUAUUAAAGGAGUACCCGCCACAGACGUCCUCACGAAAAGCCGCUUCCAUGUGGCUCUGCCACGUCCACAACAUGAUCAACGAACGAUUAGGCAAGCCUGAAUUCGAUUGUCUGACCCUGGACGAAAAGUACGACUGUGGGUGUGGAGAGGACCCAGGAGCGAGUGGCGUCCCUGGGGGACAGGACGCUGCGACAGAUGUCUGAGAUCAGCACAGCAUUUCACCUUCAUCGGCCAGGGACAUUUAGUUGUAUGGUUAUACUUAGCA